AUGCGGGCGAUUCAUUCGAUCGCGGUGGCUGGAGCUCCUGGAGAUCGCGGCGGGCGCCGGCAAUCUCCUGGCCAUGGCGCUGCCACUGGCGCCGGCGCUGGAUCAUCGAGAUGGAGAACUCCCAAGAACAAGAGCGGCUCCAAUGCUGGAAUUCCGUCGAUCUACGACGCGUUGCAGCAGGCGGGAGCGAUUCCGGGCGUUGGUGUCGUGCUUGCGGCAUUGACAGCGUGUAGAAACUCGCGAGACCUCCAAACAGGUAAGCGAGUCCAUAGCUACGUUGCCGAGCGAACGAAUUACUGUUCUUCAAACAGCGUGGUGGCGAACUCUGUGCUGGAUAUGUACGCAAAGUGUGGAAGCAUGGAGGACGCGUUGCAAGCUUUCUCUGAGAUGAAGCAUCGGGACGUCGUUUCGUGGACUUCCAUGAUCUCCGGAUAUGCAAGGUGUGGAGAUGGCGCUCUGGCUCUCAAGUUCUUCUUGCGCAUGCAAGAAGAAGGCUGUGAGCCGGAUCGUGUCACGGUCAUCGCAGCAGUGAAGGCAUGCUCUAGCUGCGCAGAGAAGGAAGAAGUUCGCGUGAUACUAGGAAGAGCAGUGAAGAUCAAAUCGCUGGAACAGGGAAGAGCUCUUCAUUCUCGAGUCGCCAGAGCAGGAUUUGUCCGGGACCUUGCUGUGGCAAACUCGCUGGUGGAUAUGUACUCCAAGUGUGGGAGCAUGGAAGAUGCACAAAAGGUGUUUGAGAGCAUGAGGCAGCGGGACGUGAUUUCAUGGACUUCGAUAAUUUCGGGUUAUGCACAGGCUGGGGAAGCGGAGUUUGCUCUCGAGCUUUACUCGCGAAUGCAAGACGAAGGCUGCGCUCCAGAUCGUGUGACUCUCCUCGCUGCGCUCAAGGCUUGUGCUAGCUUGGCCGAAGGAGAGAAAGAUGGUCCCUCGAGACAACAGUGGCUGGAGCAGGGGAGGGCUAUUCAUUCCAAGGCCGUGGCAAGUGGAAACCAGUCGGCAAACUCUCUACUCGACUUCUACGCGAAGUGUGGGAGCAUGGAAGACGCUUGCACUGUGUUUCAAGCUAUGGGUCGUCACAGCUCAAUCUCGUGGAAGUGCAUGAUCCUGGGAUAUGUCUACAACGGGGAGUUCGAGCAAGCUCUCGAGUUUUACAAGCGCAUGCAACUUUUCUACAGCAGCGCGGGAGCCCUGGAGCAGAUAUCUCCAGGUGUGGACUCGAGGACGCGAACGUCCUCGUUGAUGGCUAUGGGAAAACCGGGAACGCAAAGCCAUACCGGGCUUGUCCGCCAAGCGCAGCGCUGCUCCAAUGAGAUGGAAGAAAAGUAUGGAGUUCGUCCUGCCGAGCACUUGCGUGCCUUCGAUCGGCUGGUUCAAGGGAGGCGAGGGACGAGGCGGGCUUUGAAGCUCGUAGAGCCUGCCGUCCCCUUGGUUGCUAGGUUUAUUGCAUUCUCUAUACGCGCUCUUCGUCUCCAACAGCUAGGGCGUCGAAAAUCCAUCGUCUUUGUGCGCGCCCGGGCCUCGCGCUCUUAUAAUCCGGCUUCCGGCCGCCAGCAGCGCUGUAGUGGAUCUGUUCCACAGAACGAUGAGCCACGACUAGCCGCGCAACCUCUCGAGGAGUUUCCGCAAGGAUUGGCGAGUCUAUGUUGCUGGGCCUUAUCAUCUUUGGUAACCUUGUGUGCUUCUGCGUGCUCUCGACAGUCCAAGGAAAAGGAAAUGCAGCCUCGCCGAGGACUCUCCUAUAUAGUGUCGUGUUCGUUCAUCAAGAAACUGAUCAGGAACAUGGAGUGCAGUGAUGUGCGCAUCUCGCUCAAGCGGAAUUCUUUCCUCACGGUGCAAAAUCGCGAGACAUACGCUCCCUACACCCGGUUUAAGGCAGCAUAUGAAGCGAUGGAAAAGGACCAUCCCGAUCUUGGUAACAUCAGUGCUGAAUUCGAACCAGCUGACGCCCCAGAGGUGUUGAAGUUCCUGUGGCACGGCACCCAAACGAAGAACGUUGCCUCGAUCAUGGAGAGGGGAAUGCUCUCAAACCGGGCGAAUGCUUACGGGAGGCGUGAGGCUUACUUCUGGUUCACACCCACUGUCAGAUAUGCGAGGCUCCACACCAGCAAUGACACGAAGGAAUACACGAUUGUGCUAUGUGCUACACUCUCCGCGCAAAAGCUGGACGAAGAUCGUUUCACGGUGGACAGCGAGCGCCCAGAUCUCGUGCUUCCCCUAGCGGAGUGGCAUCUUCGCCGUGCGGAGCUCCAAAUGCGGGCGAUUCAUUCGAUCGCGGCGGCUGGAGCUCCUGGAGAUCGCGGCGGGAACCGGAAAUCUCCUGGCUAUGGCGCUGCCACUGGCGCCGGCGCUGGAUCAUCGAGGUGGAGAACUCCCAAGAACAAGAGCGGCUCCAAUCCUGGAAUUCCGUCGAUCUACGACGCGUUGCAGCAGGCGGGAGCGAUUCCUGGCGUUGGUGUCGUGCUUGCGGCAUUGACAGCGUGUAGAAACUCGCGAGACCUCCAAACAGGUAAGCGAGUCCAUAGCUACGUUGCCGAGCGAACGAAUUACUGUUCUUCAAACAGCGUGGUGGCGAACUCUGUGCUGGAUAUGUACGCAAAGUGUGGAAGCAUGGCGGACGCGUUGCAAGCUUUCUCUGAGAUGAAGCAUCGGGACGUCGUUUCUUGGACUUCCAUGAUCUCGGGAUAUGCAAGGUGUGGAGAUGGCGCUCUGGCUCUUAAGUUCUUCGCGCGCAUGCAAGAAGAAGGCUGUGAGCCGGAUCGUGUCACGGUCAUCGCAGCAGUGAAGGCAUGCUCUAGCUGCGCAGAGAAGGAAGAAGCUCGCGUGAUACUAGGAAGAGCAGUGAAGAUCACAUCGCUGGAACAGGGAAGAGCUCUUCAUUCUAGAGUCGCCAGAGCAGGAUUUGUCCGGGACCUUGCUGUGGCAAACUCGCUGGUGGAUAUGUACUCCAAGUGUGGGAGCAUGGAAGAUGCACAAAAGGUGUUUGAGAGCAUGAGGCAGCGGGAUGUGAUUUCAUGGACUUCGAUCAUUUCGGGUUAUGCACAGGCUGGGGAAGCGGAGUUUGCUCUCGAGCUUUACUCGCGAAUGCAAGACGAAGACUGCGCUCCAGAUCGUGUGACUCUCCUCGCUGCGCUCAAGGCUUGUGCUAGCUUGGCGGAAGGAGAGAAAGAUGGUCCCUCGAGACAACAGUGGCUGGAGCAGGGAAGGGCUAUUCAUUCCAAGGCCGUGGCAAGUGGAAACCAGUCGGAUCACUUCGUGGCAAACUCUCUACUCGACUUCUACGCGAAGUGUGGGAGCAUGGAAGACGCUUGCACUGUAUUUCAGGCUAUGGGUCGUCACAGCUCAAUCUCGUGGAAGUGCAUGAUCCUGGGAUAUGUCCACAACGGGGAGUCCGAGCAAGCUCUCGAGUUUUACAAGCGCAUGCAAUCAACAGGGUGUGUGGCGGAUCGUGUGACUUUACUGGCAACUUUGAAAGCUUGCUCUACCUUGACGGCGGCAGGGGCAUCAGAAGAAGCACUGGGAACUGCUGAGAAAGAAAGGCUCGUAAAGUUCAGGCUCAAGUGUCUCGAAACAGGAGCACGCAUCCAUUCUCAAGCUGGAACGCUGGACCUUGCAGUGGCAAACUCUCUAAUCGAUCUCUACGCGAAGUGCGGUCGCAUCAUACUUGCUCGCAAUCUCUUCGAAAGCCUUCCACAUAAGAACACCGUCUCAUGGAACUGUAUCAUCAUCGGGUAUGCGGAGUGUGGGGAAGGCGCCGUGUCUUUGGAACUCUACAGACAGAUGCGUCACACCUCAGGCUGUGCUCCAGAUGCCGGUACUUUCGUGGCCGUUUUAAAAGCUUGCUCCAGCUUGGUGGCACUGGAAUUCGGGAGGCAAAUCCAGAUGGAAGCUCGCAGUUUUGGACUAGAGAGAGAUCCCAUCGUCGCAAACGCGCUCGUUAGUUUCUUCACGAAGUGUGGGAGCAUGGCCGAGGCCGAAGAGGUAUUUAGUUCCAUUUCGAAGAAAGAUUUAGUGACAUGGAGCUCAUUGAUCGCAGGCUAUAGCUGCCGAGGCGACGCAACUCGGGUGCUGGACCUCUUCGAGAGAAUGGAGAAAGUUGGCGGUGUGAAGCCAGACGGUGUUACGCUCCUCUCCGUCCUCACUGCCUGUAGCCACGCCGGCCUGGUCGACAGAGCGAAGGACGAAUUCAGAGCAAUGCCCCGCAAGCAUGGGAUUGCUCCCACGAUUCAACACUACACUUGCAUGGUGGAGCUUCUCGGCCGCGCGAAUCAACUCGACGAGGCAGUGAAAUUGGUGAAAGGGAUGAGCUGCAAGCCGGAUGUUGUGAUAUGGAAGGCAGUGCUGGGAGCUUGCUGGAAGUGGAAGAACGUGGCGCUCGGGAGGCUUGCUUUCGAGUCCAUCAUGGAGCUCGACAAUCAAAAUGCCCCGGCUUACGUGCUCAUGGCCAAUCUUUAUGCUGAGGCUGGGAUGCUGGAAGAAGCCGCAAGGAUGCGCCGAAGCGUAAGUUAACUAUCUGGUACGUGACACUUUGAGUCCCCCGUGUUAACUUUCUAAAUGCCUUGUAGAAGCGAUUGACAAUACAAGAUCCAAAGAAGGUUAUUACGGGAGGAUUUUAUCACUUUCGGUACCUACGGAGAAGAAACAGGUGUGAAGAGAUUUUCUCAUGAAGGAAUUGCUUGGCUAACUGCGAUCGCAAUAGUUCGUUUGAAGAAAGAGUGUGCUUGCCACUUGCAACUGUAAAGCCUGGCUUGUUUUGUUUCUCUGCAAGUAAAGCACUGAGUUCGUACUGGAAGAACUAUAAAUCGCAUGGUACGUACUCUUCGAUCCAGAUUUCUCCAUCGUCAUUGGCACUCUUAGGUGGCGAAGUUCACUUAUUCUCUGGCCCUGGGCUGGUUCCGGUCGAGAACUUCUGCGUCCAAGUCGGGGGAAAGUCCUUUGAGACCUGUUCGUUUAGCCCAAGGCUAGCAGCAGCGUGGGAGCUUUGGAGCCUCUGAAGGGAAUUGACGCAGAUAUCUUCAGGUGUGGACUCGAGGACAUACAAGCUCCAAGGUUACUUCAUGUACGCUGUGCACAGGCUGAGGCCGAACUAUUUGCUGCUUCCUGCGAACGCUCCCAAGUAUGGAGUCCAAUUCAUGAGGAUGAUACAAGGCUACAAGUUUCAGGCAAGAGUAUUAGUGAGGGUGAACAAGAUUCUGUAAGGUGACUCCAGACGCAGUUGCCUAGACGUCCAUGAUCCGCGAUGGGGACACACGAAUGGUUUUAAGCUCUUCAAUGAGAUGCAAGACGAAUGGCACUUCUUUGUGUGCUCACGGCGUGCAGCCAUCCCAGGCUUGUCCGUGCUAAGCAAAAGUAUGGAGUUUGUCUAUUGACUGAAGCGCCGAGCUGGAGGAAGCGGCGAAAAUGGUUCAAAGCCAGCUGCUUGACAAGAAGUGGAAGAAUGCGGGCUUACUUUCGAUUGGCUUGGUGAGGAAAAAUAAAAGUUAAGAAAACGAUAAAAAAAUUUAGAUUGGGGAUGCCAGGAAUCGAACCCGGAGUCUUUUUGUUUGGUCAAAUAGAGGAUUAACCCGAAUAAAAGACCUUGCUUAGUGA